AUGGGCGGGCUGAGCGCGCGGGGAUUGGUGGGAUGCGGCGCGCGACGCGUGAUCCUGCUUGGCCUGUACACAGCCGUCUGGACGCAGGCUAAGAGUACAGCCAUGUUUUCUGAGCAGGCUGCCCAGCGGGCCCAUACUCUGCUGUCCCCACCAUCAGCCAGCAAUGCCACUUUUGCCCGGGUGCCUGUGGCAACUUACACCAACUCCUCACAGCCCUUCCGCCUGGGGGAGCGCAGCUUCAACCGGCAGUACGCCCACAUCUAUGCCACUCGCCUCAUCCAGAUGAGACCCUUCCUGGUGAGCCAGGCCCGGCAGCACUGGGGUAGUGGCGUUGGGGUUAAGAAGCUGUGUGAGCUGCAGCCCGGGGAGAAGUGCUGUGUGGUGGGCACACUGUUUAAGGCCAUGCCACUCCAGCCCUCCAUCCUUCGUGAGAUCAGCGAGGAGCACAACCUGCUGCCCCAGCCACCACGGAGCAAAUACAUCCACCCAGAUGAUGAGCUUGUCCUGGAAGACGAACUGCAGCGCAUCAAGCUGAAAGGCACCAUCGACAUCUCAAAGCUGGUCACAGGCACGGUGCUGGCCGUGUUCGGCUCUGUGAGAGACGACGGGAAGUUCCUGGUGGAGGACCACUGCUUUGCCGACCUCGCUCCACAGAAGCCUGCUGCCCCCCUUGACACAGACAGGUUUGUGCUGCUGGUGUCUGGGCUGGGCCUGGGCGGAGGCGGUGGCGAGAGCCUGCUGGGCACCCAGCUGCUGGUGGACGUGGUGACCGGGCAGCUCGGGGACGAAGGCGAGCAGUGCAGCGCCGCCCGUGUCUCCCGCGUCAUCCUAGCCGGCAACCUCCUCAGCCCCAGCACCCAGAGCAGGGACUCCAUCAACAAGGCUAAGUACCUCACCAAGAAAACCCAGGCAGCCAGUGUGGAGGCCGUCAGGAUGCUGGACGAGAUCCUCCUGCAGCUGAGCGCCUCAGUGCCCGUGGACGUGAUGCCAGGCGAAUUUGACCCGACCAACUACACGCUCCCCCAGCAGCCCCUGCACCCGUGUAUGCUCCCCCUAGCCACCGCCUACUCUACUCUGCAGCUGGUCACCAACCCCUAUCAAGCCACUAUCGACGGUGUCAGGUUCCUGGGGACAUCAGGACAGAAUGUGAGUGACAUUUUCCGGUACAGCAGCAUGGAAGACCAUCUAGAGAUCCUAGAGUGGACCCUGCGAGUCCGUCACAUCAGCCCCACAGCCCCUGACACCCUAGGCUGCUACCCCUUCUACAAGACUGACCCGUUCAUCUGUCUUGAGUGCCCGCAUGUCUACUUUUGUGGCAACACCCCUAGCUUUGGCUCCAAGAUCAUCCGGGGCUCCGAGGACCAGAUGGUGCUGCUGGUGGCCGUUCCUGACUUCAGCACCACGCAGACCGCCUGCCUGGUGAACCUGCGCAGCCUGGCCUGCCAACCUAUCAGCUUCACAGGCUUCGGGGCGGAGGACGAUGAGCUGGAAGGGCUGGGGCUGGGCCCCUGACACUACCCGAAGUGUAAGCCUUGUAAAUAAACCGUAAGGUUUGACUCCUGGA